AUGAGCAGCGACGACAACGGAGCCCAUCAUGCCUACCAGAGCGACAAUGGGGACGCCUCCAUCUUCUCGCAAACCCUCGUCGCCGUCUGGGUGUUAACAUGCGCCUCCGGCGCCUUCCUCUUCGUGCGCCUGUGGUGCCGCCAUCGCUUCUCAAAGCUAUGGUGGGAUGACCUUGUCCUCUCGAUAUCAUGGUGCAUCUUGUUGGUUGCCGCCGCCCUCCUCGCCCGCACCAUCACGUCCGGCUACGCCUCCGACGAUGAUAAACGCCAAUUCUUCCUCUUCCAAAACACGUCGACUUCGAUGACCACCCUCGCCACGGCAUGGACCAAGGUCGCUUUCGCCAUCACCCUCUCCCGCAUUGUUCGAAACCGAUUCCUGCUCUACUUUCUCUGGUUCGUCAUCGUCACAGCAAACUUAAUCCUCAUCCCGGGCAUGCUGUCCAUCUGGAUUCCCGCUUGCGAGGACCCGCGCUCCAUCUUCCGACCGCAACACACCAAGUGCUUCAACCUCAUCUACCUCCAGUACCUCGGCGGGACAACCAUCGUGUACGGCGGCGUAAUCGACGUUCUACUCGCCCUAUUCCCCUGGUUCAUCAUCCGCAAACUCCUACUCGAAACACGAGAAAAGUGGGGUCUCACACUCGCCAUGAGCCUGGGCGCCAUCACGGGCACCAUUGUCAUCUUCCGCGCAUUUUACCAAAUGAGAUCAAUCGACAACAAUUACCAUUUUAUGGUUUUCAUGUCCAUUUUUAACUUCCUCGAGCCGGGCGUCACCAUCAUCGCCCAGGCAAUCCCCAUGUUCCGCGUCCUCGUCGUCAACGUAAAGAGGGGCUCCAACGCGGUCCGCAUCAGCUCACCGACAGGAGCCGCCGGGACCGAGAACGAGUCACCACCGAUCCGGAGCUGGAAUAGCAAGCGGCUUAACCCACUCGAAGUCGACGAGGAAUUGAUGCACGUGCGCAUCGGCCCGGGAGGCCGCAUCGUCCACGUAGCAGGGCCAGAGGGCUCGGACGACGAUCUGAAGAUUUAUGACGGCAGAAAAUAG